CAUCUCUCCCCUGAACUUGAUUCCUUCAUCUCUCAGUCCGUCCAAAAUCAAAAUUCAGCUUCUAUCAAGCUCUUCUAAGUUCUAAGCUCUCCUUCAAUCUCAAAACUAAUCUCCAUUCUCUCGUUUAAAUCCCUCCUUAAACCCCUUUCUUAAUCUCCUUUUUCUCUCGCUACCCAUUUCCCCUAACUCCUUCUUCCCCUGUUCCCAUUUCCCCUUCUGGGUCUCGCCAUUUCUCUUAGGGCUGCUGCGGAGCAAUUCGCUUUAUGACUGAGGCCGGGAGGAUUCUGAGCUAGAUCUUUAAUGGCGAGUAACCACAUUAACUCCUCUGCUUAUGGUGGGGAUGUUCUCGAUUCUGCUAAGCUCUCGCUUUCCUCCUCUGCUUCUUUCAAGCCUCGUAAGAAGCCCAAUGUUGCUGCCCCGCCAAUUUCACGUGCUGGGUCUGAUGUGGAUGAUAUUAUUACUCUUUUGCACGGUUCUGAUCCAGUCCGCGUCGAGCUCAAUCGCCUUGAGAAUGAAGUUCGAGAUAAGGACAGAGAACUGGGGGAGGCUCUUGCUGAAGUUAAGUCAUUAAAAAAUUCAGAACGGCUCAAAGAGAGGGCUGUUGAAGAGUUAACAGAUGAGUUGAAGAAAGUAGAUGAAAAGCUCAAGGCAACUGAAGCUCUUUUGGAAAGCAAGAACCUUGAAAUCAAGAAGAUUAAUGAUGAGAAAAAGGCUGCAUUAGCUGCCCAAUUUGCUGCUGAAGCCACCCUUCGAAGGGUACACACCGCUCAAAAAGAUGAUGAAAUGCCUCCGAUUGAGGCCAUUAUAGCACCAUUGGAGGCAGAGCUUAAGCUAGCCCGGCUGGAGGUAGCAAAGUUGCAAGAUGACAAUAGAGCUCUGGACAGACUUACAAAAUCCAAGGAGGCUGCACUGCUUGAGGCCGAGAGAACCGUCCAGAUUGCUUUGGCAAAAGCAUCCAUGGUUGAUGACUUACAAAAUAAAAACCAAGAGUUAAUGAAGCAAAUUGAAAUAUGCCAGGAGGAGAAUAAGAUAUUAGACAAGCUGCACAGACAAAAGGUUGCAGAAGUUGAAAGGCUAAUGCAAACUGUCCAGGAGCUUGAGGAGGCUGUCUUGGCUGGUGGUGCUGCUGCCAAUGCUGUGCGUGAUUACCAGCGAAAAGUGAAAGAGAUGAGUGAUGAAAUAAGAACUUUAGAACGUGAGGUAGCUCGUGCAAAAGUUACCGCCAACAGGGUUGCUACUGUUGUUGCUAAUGAAUGGAAAGACGCAAAUGAUAAAGUGAUGCCAGUAAAACAAUGGCUUGAAGAAAGAAGAUUUUUUCAGGGAGAAAUGCAGCAACUUCGUGAAAAACUAGCAGUUGCUGAGCGCACUGCAAAGGCUGAAGCACAAAUGAAAGAAAAAUAUCAAUUGCGCUUCAAGGUUUUGGAGGAAAAGCUUAGAUCAUCUAAUGGUAACCCGAAAUUUGCUUCUGAAGGAAGAAGCAUAAGCACGGGACCUUCGAGACGUCAAUCUCUUGGAGGAGCAGAACUAUCUAAACUGUCUUCAAAUGGCUAUUUAUCCAGGAGAAAUACAAACUCGCACACAGGAUCGCUCCAGUCGAAUAGUGUCAGUGCAUUGUUGAAGACUACUACAAAACCCUCUUCUAGAUCAUUUGAUGGUGGUAGUAGAUCACUGGAAAGAGAGAAGCUUGUGCAGGAUGCGGCAGUAAAAGAUAAGUCAGACACAGCGACCAGUCUGACCAGUGGUGAGACGAUCGUUCCAUACGAAGAAAAUGAAGACGGUAUCGCAGUCGAAAAAACCAAAACAGAGCUAGAAGAUUCCGUUUCUGGUGCAUUGUAUGAUAUGUUACAGAAAGAAGUCAUAUCUCUUAGGAAAGCUUGUCAUGAGAAGGAUGUAACCCUCAGAGACAAGGAUGAUGCAAUUGAGAUGUUAGCAAAGAAGGUCGAUACUUUGAAUAAAGCAAUGGAGGUUGAAGCAAAGAAAAUGCGAAGAGAAGUAGUGGCAAUGGAGAAGGAACUCGCUGCUAUGCGUGUAAGCAGGGAGAGCGAUCAAAGGCCUCGACGCCAGAGUGCACCUAGAGGGGCUGUAGUUGGUUCUCAGUCACUUCCUAUCAGGAGUAUCCGAAACAGAUAGGGGUUCGACAUGGGAAUACACAGCGAUGAAAUGACUUUUUUUCUCGACAAUAUUGUCAAUAUAAUUGUAUUUUAUGAUGUCAUAAAACACUGCUCCUCCUUGGCCUUCCUCUCAGUGGAGCAAUCUUGGGAAAUUUUAUGUAUUUGUAAAGAAACUAACACGAGGAAUUCUCCUGUUCUGUAUAUUUUUGUCCAAUGGUAUGAGGAACAGCAAAUGGAAGUUUAUAUAUUAGGCGAUGGAUAACUUUGUAUUCUGUCACCUA